AGGAAGUAGCUCCACGAGAAUUUCUCUGCAGUCCCACAUUUUAAUAUUGCGCGUGCUGCAUUAAACGCAUAUGGUUAGAAAAGUCAUGUUUGUCAAACCACAUAGGAUGUUUACUGUGGUUUUAUUGUUUGUCUGUAGUGCCAGUGUUGAUCAAAUUCAGGGUAACAACAAUGGGAUGUUUAAAGACAUGACAUCACUACUUCCAACAAACACUAAACAAUUAAAUUAUGGCGUUGCUGUAACAAAUGUUGGUGAAGGUGAUGGACCAAUGGAAUGGAUUGUCGCUGGUUUUUCAGGCCCCAACUUUGUACUGCAGUUAGAUGUAACAACAAACAGGUUUACAAACAUUGCUCAACCUGGCAGCCCUUAUGAAGCACUACGUGACCCUGAUGGUGCAGCCAUUGGUGUUUGUGCCUGUGAUAUAGAUGGCGAUGGACUGGAAGAGAUCUAUUUUCUCAACACCAAUGAUCGGUAUUCAGGGCCAAAACUUGUCAAAGAUAAAUUAUUUAAGUGGCGCAAUGGAAAGUAUGAAGACUUGUUUGAAGAUGAGGUUAACAAAGAUGUAUCAGCAAUGUUUGCAGGCAGAUCAGUUGCUUGUGUGGACCGGACUGGAUCAGGAAAAUAUGGAUUUGUUGUGGCUACUUAUGCACAAAGAGGUUUGGGAAAAUUUGGACUCAUUGAAAUGGAUGUAAGUAGUCCACUGAAUGAUGCAGGCAAAGGUUUUGUUGUUCUUCAUAAUGUUGCAGAGUCUGUUGGCAUUAAUUUUUCUACAGGUGGUCGUGGUAUUGUUGUGGGACCAAUACUGGGUGAUGAUGGAUUCUCAGAUAUUUACUUUGUCAAUGAAGGCAACUCAAGAUUGGGAAAUAGGGGAGAUAAUGCCCUUUUUGAAAAUGAUGGACUAGGUCACUUUGAAAAUGUUGCUAAAACUGUCAAGCUAGAUGAUUUUGAGCCUGGUCGUGGUGUCACCAUAGCUGAUGUCAACAAUGAUGGAAAAACAGAUAUUAUUUAUGGCAACUGGGUUGGUCCUCACAGAGUUCAAAUUCAAGGAACAGAUGUCUCUGGAAAGCCUAGCUUUUUAGAUGUAGCCACCCCAGAGUUUUCAACACCCUCUCCCAUUCGCACUGUCAUUGCCGCAGACUUUGACAACAGUGGAGAUAUCCAAGUCUUUAUGAAUAACAUUGUCUAUUACAAUAUGGAUGCGAGCAACAAGUUGUUUAGAUUGAAAGCUAAUGGGCAGAGUGUGAACAUAGAAACAGAUGACAUUGGGGAUGCUGCAGAACCUUUUUUUUAUGGCACAGGUGCUGCUGUGUCAGAUAUCAAUGGAGAUGGUGUUUUAGAGCUUCUGGUUUCUCAUGGGGAGUCCAAAGAACAAGCUCUAACAUUGUAUCAUGUGGCUGGCAACAGAACAAGGGGAAACAAAUGGAUACGAGUUUUACCUCUGACACAAAAUGGAGCACCAGCCAGAGGGUCAAAGGUUGAAAUUACUUUGGCUGAUGGCACAAAAUUGACUCGCUUCUGUGAUGGAGGUUCUGGAUAUUUGUGUGAAAUGGAACCAGUUGCUCAUUUUGGUCUUGGUAACUCUGAGGCUACUUCAAUGAAAGUAACAUGGCCAGAUAAUCAUUUUUUAACUAAAACAUUGUCAUCAUCUGACUUAAACAAAAUGUUUAAGAUUUCUUUUACAGGAGAAAUAAAUGUUGUUAAUCCCUUGACUGGCAAUCUUGGUAUUUCAUCAACAUCUAAAGUAAUUACUUCGUCCUUGGUAUCACUACUGGUAUGUUUCUACUUUGUGAUAAUGGUGUACCAAGAUGUACUUGAAAAGUCUUUAUUAUAUAAGUGAAAAUUACAACAGAUAAUUGAAACUGCCUUUAGGUACAGAAGUUAUGUUUCUAAAAUAUUAUAAUCAUUUACGAUUAUAUAGGCUUAUAAAUAAAUUUAUUUAGCAACAAAAGUAAUCUAAAUGUUAUUAAAGUACCUUUAGUGUGAAAAAAACAACAUUAUAAUAGGUUGCAAAAUAUAAAGAUCAAUUGAAAAUUUAAAAAAAUGUU